AUGGCUCUGCCUAUUGCUGCCCUUGGCCAGUGGAAAAGUGCCAUAGCCCUGAUGAUGGCUUUAAAGGUAAAUACCAGUUCUUUGAAUUGGGCACAGAAACUUCAAGAGACAGUGAAGAGAAAAUUAGAAGGAGCACGCUCACCCCUCAAUGGAGAACAGCAGAAUGGUGUCUGUGACAGUAACUUCUCUCCAACUAACAAGCGGAUACGGAAAGAUGUACCUGGAAUUGAGAGAGUCAAUAGUUUGCCCAACAGUUUGCCUUUGCCUUCUCUUUCUCCUCUUCACCAGCUUGACAUAAAGCCAUCUUUGCCCCUGCAAAACAGUGGAACCCAUGCUGGUACCCUGGAAGACUUAGGUAAAAAUGGUGGACUUUCUGACCUAAAACUCCCAAUCAAUGGAUGCACUGAGCUUGAAGAUACUUUUAACAUCCUGCACCACAACAGCAGUAGCAAGGAACUGAAACAAGAGCCCUUGGAUGAUCCCAACUGCCCUGACAAUUCUGACACAUCCCUUUCCAAUCAGAAUAAACUCUUCUCAGACAUUAACCUGAAUGAUCAGGAGUGGCAGGAGUUAAUAGAUGAGCUGGCUAACACUGUUCCAGAAGAUGAUAUACAAGAUUUGUUCAAUGAGGACUUUGAAGAGAAAAAGGAACCUGAAUUUCCAAGACCAGCCACUGAGAUUCAGGAGACUGCCAGUGUUAAAAGUGAUCCGUGUCACUCUCCGUUUGCUCACAUACCAACAGGCUCUCCCCAGGUAAGACCUUCGUCAUCAGGCCCUCCAUUUUCAAACAUCCCUACAGCUUCCAGCCUGCCUUCAGUCUCUAAUGCUCCUCCUGCUCCAGGCCUGGACAGUUCACCAGCAAACUGUGUGGUUCAGUCCCCUCAGACUCCCAACCAAGCACAUCCCCCAAGCCAGACUCAGUCACGACCAGGCAAUAGUUUCCACGUGAAUCCAGCAACAGUGACAACAGCGGGCCCAGGGCCUAGCCAGGUGACUGUGCCUAGCACUGACUUGUCUCCAGCUGAGCAGCUGAAACAGAUGGCAGCACAACAGCAGCAGCGGGCCAAGCUCAUGCAGCAGAAACAGCAGCAGCAGCAGCAGCAGCAGCAGCAGCAGCACCCAAGCCAAGCAUCUAGCUGGUCUCCAGUGGGGCCUCCAUCUAGUCCUUAUGGAGGACCUUUCAGUACAGAUAAACCAAAUAGCCCAAUGAUGUACCCCCAAGCCUUUAACAACCAAAAUCCUGCAGUGCCUCCCACGGCAAGCAACCCACAAAAAGCUACAAUGAAUAACUACCUCCCUCAAAACCAUAUCAAUAUGAUUAGUCAGCAGCCAAAUAAUCUGGGUACAAACUCUUUGAGCAAACAAACCAAUAUGCUUUCUUAUGGCAACACUAAACCUCUGUCUCAUUUCAAUGCUGACUUGAGUCAAAGAAUGACUCCUCCAAUGUCCAAUUCCAACAAGAGUCCCAUGAUGCCAUAUAUGCAGCAACAGCAGCAGCUUCCCCAACAGCCACAAAUUCAGGCUCAAAUGACGCAUUUGAGUGAGGAGCAGAAGCGCAUGCUGAUUUUGAAGCAGAAAGGAAUGAUGAAUCAGCCAGUAGCUUAUGGAACACUUCCAUCUCUUGGUCAGGACCAGCACACUGUGGGAUUGUCUCGAUCCACAGGUCCUAUGCAGUCCGCUGUACCAGACCAGCACACUGUGGGAUUGUCUCGAUCCACAGGUCCUAUGCAGUCCGCUGUACCACCAGGACCCAGUAAUGUGGGCACAAAUCCUGGCAAUGCCAAUUUCCUGGGCAACCAACCUCAAGCAGUCAUUAUGAAGCAGAUGCUGAUUGAGCAAAGGGCCCAACUCCAUAUGAUGGAGCAGCAGAAGCAACAGUUUCUUCUAAGGGAGCAACGGCAGCAGCAGCACAUCUUGGCUGAACAACAUUUACAGCAGCAGUCACAUUUGCCUCGGCAGCACUUUCAGCAACAGCAACGAAAUCCUUAUCCAGUGCAACCAGUCAAUCAGUUUCAAGGUUCUCCACAGGAUAUAGCUGCGGUAAGAAAUCAGGCUGCUCUUCAGAGCAUGAGGACUUCCCGAAUGAUAUCCCAGAAUGCUAGCAUUAUGUCUUUGGGGGCCUCUCAGAACACUACAGCAAUCUCUGCCACAGGUGGCCAGUCUGAAAUGGGAAUGGCUCCUUACAGCAGCCCAGUUACUGGCCAGCCAGGAAUGUAUAAUAUGAACUCAGGAAUGAGCCAAAUGUUGCAGCACCCAAACCAAAAUAACAUAAACAUAACACACAAUCCAAGUCAGGGACCAAGGCAGCCCAAUUCAACACAAGGAGUUGGCAUGGUUAGCAGCUUUGGUCCAAAUGUUUUAGUGAACUCUACUGUAUCUCAACAACAUCAGCAAAUGAAAGGACCUGUGGGACAAGUUAUGACCAGACCACAAGCUCCCAGACUUCAAAAUAUGAUGGGGCCUGUCCCACAAGGAGCACAGAACUGGCAGGCAAGAGGACUGCAAGGUAUCCCUGGAAGGACUAGCAAUGAAAUUGGAUCUUUCAAUAAUGGAUCUGCUUACUCAAUGCAAUCAAAUCAGCCAAGGCUGCCUAAGCAACAUUUUCCUCAAGGCAUUAGCCAGUCUAUCAUGGAUACAAAUGGAGCAGUACGGACACUGAACUCAGGCGUAGGAAGACAGAUGUUGCAACCACUCCCUGGACAACAAGGAACCAAUAACCAACCCAGAUCAAUGGUUAUGCCUACAAUAAGUCAGGCAGUUUCCACUCUAACUGGUUUUAAUCAGUCCCCUGCACAACAAAUACCAGGAAGUAGCUUCACUCAGAGCAGCCAAGGUCAGAUCUAUGAGAGGAAUCCCACUCAAGACAUAUCUUAUAGCUAUAGCAAUGAAGGAACUGGAGGGUCCUUUCCAAAUAUAACCGAAAGCACGGAUCUUGUAGAUUCCAUCAUUAAAAGUGGACCAGGAGAUGAAUGGAUACAAGAACUUGAUGAACUGUUUGGAAAUCCAUAGCACAUGGAGAUGUACAGUUCCAACAUUUCUGGGGUCAAAAAAGGAAAGCAGGAUGAUGUCCAUCCUUGUUUCUUUGUUUUGUUUUUAAAGCUGUGCAAAGCUAGCUGAUCUGUGAAGGCAUAGAUGGAAUUUGAAGCAAUGACAAGAAGUCCUUGCCAACUUCCCCACAGCAGUCUCCAUGCCAUAGCAUACCUGCUGCAGGUCAGAAUAAGAAAGACUGAGAGAGAGAGCGAAAGAGAGAAAAGCUCAAAAAAUGCUGCUUUCUGCCUAUGGGCCACAGAAAGUGCCAGGCAGUUUCCAUGUGCCAAAGCACUGGCUGUCCUAUAACAAUGCACUUUCCAUGCAGUUCUGUUAGAACUGUUGUAGUUUUCAGGAUACAAAACAGGCAGCUUCUGAGACAAAGCAGGGGAGUCGCUAGGUGACUGUACAAGUGACAUAUGACAUACACACAGAUCUAAACUCUGAAUUUAAUAAAUACCAAGCUUUUCCAUGCAAUGUGUGUAACCUGAUAGAGAAUUAAGUAAAGGUUGUUUGAAUGUGGUGAUGAUAAUGAUAUCAUGGCUGAAUGGGUUCAGUCAGUGUGCUAUCAGUGCUUCUUAAGGUGCAGAGAUGGGUUCUAGUAAGAGAGCUUGUCUUUUCUCUCUUGUCAAUUUCCUGCAUAAUCAAGUGAUUCUUGAGUCAUUAUCUUUAAGAAUGAGGAAAAACACAGCAUAGGACAAGCAAGAUUGUAUAAUAGUUGUAUUACUCACUGGCUGCCUCCAAAGAUAGUGAUGCAAUACAAAAGUAAUUGGAAAAAGGGAGAUAGGUCUAAGGAAAUGAAAAUAUUGAUAUUGAGCUUGUUAUUUUUCUGAAAAUACAGGAUCAAGUGAGGUUGGGCUAUACAAACUGUUGGCUUGAUCUUCCAAAGAUGUCAGGAGAAUCAAGGAACAACUGCUCUAAAGAUCACCCAGAGAGGGGCCACUAACUAUAUUGGCUGUCAUAUACAGUAUAUUGGUUCUUUAGACGCCACUGUCAAAGCAUCCCUUGACAGACUGAGAGUGAAUUUGUGCUUUGUGUUCUUCAAAAACAUGUCCUUUUUUCUACAUUUCCUAUUUUCUACAAACCCUAGGCUCUUUAAAAUGACUAAGCUGAUCAAUAAGAAACAAAAUUAAAAUUUUUUAACAAUUCCUUUGAUGUAAUUUUUAGUAGCAGUUGUAUAUAAGCAUUGACAUUGCAAAUAUUUUUAAUAGAAUUGUGCAAUUUGGAGUACUAGAAUUUAAUUGCAAUUCUUUUUAGGUCCUUAAGAAUUUAGAUUGGCAUUAGUAGUGACAAUGGAAAUUGAAUGUGUGGCCAUCUAUCCGUAUAUUGAACAUGGGCUUCAUGUUAAAUAGAUCCACAACCAGAGCAUUCUCAGGGUCUGAUUUAUAUGUUUCUCUUAUAUACAAUUUUCCACCUAGGCAAAUUCACUUCUAGAGAUAACAUUUUUGGUAGAGUAGCAGCAGACAGUGAGGGGACUUCACUGUUUCUGCAGCCACUAAUUCUCUGCUCCACAGCAUCCUCCAGUUGUAUCUCUCACACAUUUCCAGCACAGGACUUUCUUGCAUAUUGGAAGAAAUGUUUUAAAAGGGUCAAAAAGCAAGUAUAGAAACACUAACACCCAUUUAUCCAUAAUUUUCCUCUUCUAGAAACAGGUUUUCCUUAAAAAUGAAGGAGGGAGCAGGGUUUGAGUUAUGUGUUUUACCUAAAGUAUAUUUAGCCCAUCAAACACUUUUUGUUGGGAUAUAAGGGUUAACUAGUGUAGGCUUAAAAUUCCUGUAUGCAGUCUGACACAUAUCCUACUGAAAUUAGUGGGAGAUUUUUUGUUGGUUCUUAUGAGAGUUGACUUCUUGUUAAUACUGAAAUAUGGAUUGACCAUUGCAUUUGCACAUUGGUGGAUUUGGCAUUUGGCAAAAUAAUUGUGUGCUUAUAACAGAGACAGUUCUUGUCAUGUACUCAGCGCACAGUGUACCAAACUGAGUUCUGAUCAUAGCACUAGUGGAGGGCGUGCAAAGAUCCAAAGAAGUUUUUAUCCACACAUUUAUUAAACUUAUUUAAUACAACUAUACCAUAUUCAUAUGACAGUUGGAGGGCAAAGAAAUAGAGCUUGUGUGCGCUGCAGCAGUCACACGAAGCUGAAAGAUGUGACCAGUUAAGUAUGCAAAAGCGUAGGAGAGAAGUCAAGUGAAUGUUCCCAUCGUCUCCCUCAAAAAGCAUUACUCUUUCCUUGAUAGAGUGAUAAGAGAGGAUUUAUGGUGCAAUCCUAUGUAUGUUUAUUCAGAAGUAGGUUCCAUUUUCUUUAAUGGAGCUAAACCCAGGUAAGGGGGUGUAGGAUUGCAGCAUUAAAACAUGAGCUUUCAUCUGCACAAAUUAUAGUAUGUUCCGCUUUAUUAGAAUAAUACAGAAAUUAACUUUGAGUUUGAUAAUGCGGUUAUAAAAAGCCUAUUAUAUUUGUAAAGCUUCCUCCAAAUACUUUAAACUGGGACCAAGUAAUAAAAAAAUACUGUUUAAUAUUUGGGGGGUUCUUUUAACUAUGGUGCUGGUGUACAUGAAAUUUUUUUUUAUAAAAACCAAUUAUUUGUAAAUAUCUUUUUACAAUCUGCAGAUAUCACUGGGUCUAAUCUGUAAAAUAGGUACAUAUAAAUCAAUAUUAUAUAUGAUAUAUAUAUAUAUAUAUAUACACACACACACACACCAAUGCUCGCACACACAUAUAUAUGUAAUAUGUUUGUUUAAAAUAGUUUUAUUUCAUUUUCAUUUAUCUUUACUGCAGUGAUACUGCACUUCAGAUGUUCAGUUACCAAUCUGUACUGUAUCCUAGCCAGCAACUUGUUUCAUUUUAUUCAGACUUAUCCUAAUUUACUUUUUUUUUUACUUUCCAUAUUGAACAUUGCUUAUUUCAUUUUGAUAAUUGUACAGAGCUCUUAAAAAAUGUAGAAAUGAACUAAUAACAUACCAAUUUAAA